UAUGCUUCUUUUCUUCACUUCUCACACAGUCUCCAGUCAGAUUAGAAAACAGCAGCAAUCUUCCUCCAAAAUUAUGUCUUCCUCCUCCACCCACAGCUACAUGUCCUCAGGAAGGUCCAUGAGUGGAGGACCCUCUCGUCCCUCCAUGUCUGGAGGAAGAAAGCAUGGGGGUAGCGUUUAUGCGGGUGCUGGAGGAUCAGGAGUCCGUAUCUCUAGUGCCUCUUCCUCUCGUUCCUAUUCUGCUGGUGGUGGAGCAGGGUUUGGAAGUGGUACUGGCUAUGGAGGCGGUGCUGGCUAUGGAGGUGGUGCUGGCUUCGGAGGUGGUGCUGGCUUCGGAGGUGGUGCCGUGGAUAUCUCUGCAAAUGAGAAAGCCACCAUGCAAAACCUCAAUGACCGCCUGGCCACCUACCUGGAGAAAGUGCGCUCUCUUGAGAAAGCUAAUGCUGAAUUUGAGCUGAAAAUCCUUCAGUUCCUGGAGAGCAAAACUGCCCCCACUGCUCGUGACUACAGUGCCUAUGAAGCUACAAUCAGUAAACUCCAGAACAAAAUCCAGGAUGCCAUUCGUACAAAUGGAGGCAUCUACCUCAACAUUGAUAAUUCCAAGCUGGCCACAGAUGACUUUAGAGUCAAAUAUGAAAAUGAGUUGAGCAUGAGACAGUCAGUAGAGGCAGACAUCGCUGGCCUGAGGAGAGUGCUGGAUGAGCUGACAAUGGCCAGAUCUGAUCUGGAGAUGCAGAUCGAGGGGCUAAGAGAAGAGCUGAUCUUCCUCAAGAAGAACCACGAGGAGGAACUCUUGGCAAUACGUGGCCAGAUGAGCGGACAGGUCAACGUAGAGGUAGAUGCAGCACCACAGCAAGACCUCUCAAAGAUCAUGGCUGAAAUCCGGGAGCAUUAUGAGGCCGUGGCUGCCAAGAACCGCAGAGAGCUCGAGUCCUGGUUCCAGGCCCAGACCGAUGCCCUUAACAAAGAUGUCACCGUCAGCACAGAAGUCCUCCAAACAUCCAGAUCAGAAAUCCAAGAGGUUAAACGCACACUACAGGGUCUUCAAAUUGAGCUACAGUCACAAAUCAGUAUGAAAAACUCAUUGGAAGGCACAUUAGCAGACACAAAGGACCGCUAUUCUUCCCUGUUAGGCAACUACCAGAGACAGGUAACCAGCAUGGAAGAGCAGCUGGUGAAGCUUCGUGCAGAUCUUGAGCGUCAGGGCUAUGAGUACAAGAUGCUUCUGGACAUCAAGGCUAGACUGGAAAUGGAGAUUGCAGAGUACAGAAGACUGCUCGAUGGAGAGGCUGUUGGAACUCAGUCUACCACAAAAUCAUCAACAACACGCAAAGUGGUAACCAUUGUGGAGGAGGUGGUGAAUGGCAAAGUGGUCAGCUCAUCUUCCAACGCUGUGAGCCAGAAAAAGUGAGAUCCCAUUCAAGAAGAAACAGCACUUUUGAGAUAAAACAUCUAAAUUGUGUGGAGUGACAAAAAGCAAUAAACUUGUCUAAAUGUG